AUGAUGGCCAACGGGAACACCGCGCUGGCAGUCAGCCAAUUGACAAACGUUCAAUACAACUCGAGACCGGCCUCAAACAUGAUGGGCCAGGCGUCCACGUCGUCGCGCGCGGACAACGACGCCAACGUCGUAGGGUUACACUACAAGAUAGGGAAGAAGAUAGGCGAGGGGUCCUUUGGUGUUCUGUUCGAAGGUGUCAACAUGAUCAACGGUGUAUCCGUGGCGAUUAAAUUUGAGCCCAGGAAAACGGAGGCCCCGCAGUUGAAGGACGAGUACAGGACGUACAAGAUCAUGGCAGGCACCCCGGGCAUCCCGCUCGCGUACUAUUUCGGUCAAGAGGGGUUGCACAACAUCCUCGUGAUUGACCUGCUGGGACCCUCUCUCGAGGAUCUCUUUGAUUGGUGUGGGAGGAAAUUCACUCCGAAGACCGUCGUGCAGAUCGCAGUCCAAAUGAUCACCUUCUUGGAGGAACUUCAUAACCAUGACCUCAUCUACAGAGAUAUCAAGCCGGACAACUUCCUCAUCGGGAGACCGGGCCAACCUGACGAAAAUAAUAUUCAUAUGAUCGACUUCGGCAUGGCCAAACAGUACCGAGAUCCAAAGACGAAACAGCACAUCCCAUACAGAGAGAAGAAGUCGCUCAGUGGGACUGCCCGGUACAUGUCAAUAAACACUCACUUGGGGAGAGAACAGUCCAGAAGAGACGACAUGGAGGCCAUGGGCCACGUGUUUUUUUACUUCCUGCGUGGGUCGCUACCAUGGCAAGGGUUGAAGGCGCCCAACAAUAAGCAAAAAUACGAAAAGAUUGGUGAGAAGAAGCGUACUACAAACGUGUACGACUUGGCACAGGGGUACCCGAUCCAGUUUGGGCGGUACUUGGAAAUAGUAAGAAACCUCGGGUUUGACGAGACACCGGACUACGAGGGGUACCGCCAGUUGAUGCUCUCGGUCCUCGACGACUCUCAUGAGACUGCAGACGGGAAAUAUGACUGGAUGAAACUGAAUGGCGGGCAUGGGUAUGACCUCUCGAUCAACAAGAAACCUAACCUGCACGGCUACGGUCACCCAACACCACCAAACGAGAAAUCAAGAAGACACAAACACGGUAAAAUUGGCAACCAGCUUCCGCAACUACCACAGCAGGUUCCACAACCCAUGUCUCAACAGCAACAGCAGAAUUUACAAGCUCAACAGCGGGCUCAACAGCAGUUCGGUCAAAAGAUGCCGCAGAAGGCCGGCAUGGUCAACGGCGGUAACUACAACAACUUCGACCCAAACUCGUACGAGUCCUUCCAGCAGCAAUCGCAGCAGAGAUUUUCCCAGCAGCAAUUGCACCAACAGCAGUACCAACAAAAGAUAAUGAUGCAGGGCCAGAAAAACUACUCGCCACAGGUGGCAGCAGCCAAUGGUUCACCGGUGAACAACGGCACUGGCGGAUAUCAAAGACAGCAAGACCCUAUGGUUCAAGGUCAAGGCGGGAUGCAAUCUUCUGCACAGCCACUACAAUCUGCGGGCCAUGCAAACCCCUCGUCCACUGCUCACCAGCAGCAGCAACAACCUAUUGCCACUAACCAAGCUUCAGAAAGUUCAGUGGAAGAGCAUAAGGGCUUUUUCGCGAAACUCGGUUGUUGCUGA